CUGCCAGGGCCCUCCCCCUCCCGGCCCCCUCCCUUCCUCUUGCCGUCUCUCAGUCGCUCUGCAGCCUCCGGCGACUGGGGGGAUGUGAGGCCGGCGCCCCGGCCCCCAGCCCCGCCAUGAGCCCCCCGCUCUGAGGGCCGCGGCCCCUGGAUGCACAGUCCCCGCGCGGAUGGGACCCAGGUGACCCCGGGUGCCCACUGCCCCAGUCCCCCUGGCACAGGCUGCCCCAGGCCCCACGCAGACACGCCAGGCCCUCAGCCCCAGCCUAUGGACCUGCGGGUGGGCCAGCGGCCCCCGGUGGAGCCCCCACUGGAGCCCGCGCUGCUGGCCCUGCAGCACCCCCAGCACCUGCACCACCACCUCUUCCUGGCAGGCCUGCAGCAGCAUCGCUCGGUGGAGCCCAUGAGGCCCUGCCCACAGCUCUCCAUGGACACGCAGAUGCCCGAGUUGCCGGUGGGGCAGCAGGAGCAAGAGCUGCGGCAGCUUCUCAAUAAGGACAAGAGCAAGCGAAGCGCUGUGGCCAGCAGUGUAGUCAAGCAGAAGUUGGCAGAGGUGAUUCUGAAGAAACAGCAGGCAGCCUUAGAGAGGACAGUCCAUCCCAGUAGCCCCAGCAUUCCCUACAGGACUCUCGAGCCCUUGGAGACGGAAGGAGCCACCCGCUCCAUGCUCAGCAGCUUCCUGCCUCCUGUCCCCAGCCUGCCCAGUGACCCCCCAGAACACCACCCUCUGCGUAAGACAGUCUCUGAGCCCAACCUGAAGCUGCGCUACAAGCCCAAGAAGUCCCUGGAGCGGAGGAAGAAUCCGCUGCUCAGAAAGGAGAGCGCCCCUCCCAGCCUCCGGCGGCGGCCUGCCGAGACCCUCGGAGACUCCUCCCCCAGUAGUAGCAGCACACCUGCGUCAGGGUGCAGCUCUCCCAAUGACAGCGAGCACGGCCCCAACCCCAUCCUGGGCUCGGAGGCGCUCUUGGGCCAGCGGCUGCGGAGGCAGGAGACCUCUCUGGCCCCGUUCGCCUUGCCGACAGUGUCCUUGCUGCCCGCAAUCACACUGGGGCUGCCCGCCCCUGCCAGGGCUGACGGUGACCGCAGGAUCCAUCCAACUCUGGGCCCUCGGGGGCCAGUCCUAGGGAGCCCCCAUGCUCCCCUCUUCCUGCCCCAUGGCCUAGAGUCCGAGGCUGGGGGCACCAUGCCCUCUCGUCUGCAGCCCAUUCUCCUCCUGGAUCCCUCAGUCUCUCACACCCCCCUGCUGACUGUGCCCGGGUUUGGGCCCCUGCCCUUCCACUUUGCCCAGUCCUUACUGACCACCGAGCGGCUCUCUGGGUCAGGCCUCCAUUGGCCGCUGAGCCGGACCCGCUCAGAGCCUUUGCCCCCAAGCGCCACCGCCCCCCCAUCACUGGGCCCCCUGCAGCCCCGCCUGGAGCGGCUCAACCCUCACGUCCAGCUGAUCAAGAGGUCAGCCAAGCCGAGUGAGAAGCCCCGACUACGGCAGAUACCCUCGGCUGAGGACCUGGAGACGGAUGGUGGGGGAGCGGGGCCCCCGGGGGAUGACAGCCUGGCAUGCAGGGGGUCGAGCUCGGGGCAGCAUGAAGCCAGAGGCCCUGUUCUCCAGCAGCACCAGCAGGUGUUCCUCUGGGAGCAGCAGCGACUGGCCGGACGGCUGCCGCGGGCAGGCACUGGGGACUCUGUGCUGCUCUCCCCGGCUCAGGGCGGUCACCGGCUCCUGUCUAGGACUCAGUCAUCCCCAGCUGCACCUGCCUCACUGCCAACGCCAGAGCCCCCCAACCAGGCCCGUGUCCUGCCCAGCUCAGAGGCCCCUGCCAGGACCCUGCCCUUCACCACAGGGCUGGUGUAUGACUCGGUCAUGCUGAAGCACCAGUGCUCCUGUGGAGACAACAGCAGGCACCCGGAGCACGCGGGCCGCAUCCAGAGCAUCUGGUCCCGGCUGCAGGAGCGGGGCCUCCGAGGCCAGUGUGAGUGUCUCCGAGGCCGGAAGGCCUCCCUGGAGGAGCUGCAGUCGGUGCACUCCGAGCGGCACGUGCACCUCUACGGCACCAACCCGCUCAGCCGCCUCAAACUGGACAACGGGAAGCUGGCAGGGCUCCUGGCACAGCGGAUAUUUGUGAUGCUGCCCUGUGGUGGGGUUGGGGUGGACACUGACACCAUCUGGAACGAGCUGCACUCCUCCAAUGCAGCCCGCUGGGCGGCCGGCAGCGUAACCGACCUGGCCUUCAAAGUGGCUUCCCGCGAGCUGAAGAACGGUUUUGCUGUGGUUCGGCCCCCAGGACACCAUGCGGACCGUUCCACAGCCAUGGGCUUCUGCUUCUUCAACUCCGUGGCCAUCGCCUGCCGGCAGCUGCAGCAACAGGGCAAGGCCAGCCGGAUCCUCAUCGUGGACUGGGACGUUCAUCAUGGCAAUGGCACCCAGCACACCUUCUACGAGGACCCCAGUGUGCUCUACAUCUCCCUGCAUCGCCAUGACGAUGGCAACUUCUUCCCGGGCAGUGGGGCUGUGGAGGAGGUGGGAGCUGGCAGCGGUGAGGGCUUCAAUGUUAACGUGGCCUGGGCCGGAGGUCUGGAUCCCCCAAUGGGGGAUCCUGAGUACCUGGCUGCUUUCAGGAUAGUCGUGAUGCCCAUUGCCAGAGAGUUCUCUCCGGACCUGGUCUUGGUGUCGGCUGGGUUUGAUGCUGCCGAGGGUCACCCAGCCCCACUGGGUGGCUACCAUGUUUCCGCAAAAUGUUUUGGGUACAUGACGCAGCAGCUGAUGAGCUUGGCUGGAGGUGCAGUGGUGCUGGCCUUGGAGGGCGGCCAUGACCUCACAGCCAUCUGUGACGCCUCCGAGGCCUGUGUGGCUGCUCUUCUGGGCAACAAGGUGGAUCCCCUCGCAGAAAAAGGCUGGAAACAGAAACCCAACCUCAACGCCAUCCGUUCUCUGGAAGCUGUGAUCCGGGUGCACAGUAAAUACUGGGGCUGCAUGCAGCGUCUGGCCUCCUGUCCAGAAUCCUGGGUGCCCAGGGUGCCAGGAGCUGACGCAGAAGAAGUGGAGGCAGUGACUGCACUGGCAUCCCUCUCCGUUGGCAUCCUGGCUGAAGAGAGGCCCUCAGAGCAGCUGGUGGAGGAGGAAGAACCUAUGACUCUCUAAGGCUUUGGAAUGGUUCUGCCGGCCCAUCCUGCCCUUCCGACCUGGUUCUCUUCUUACCUCUGGCAACAGUACCUGCUCCUGGGGUUUUCAGAGGUCCUCUGGGCAGGUAGUUGUGGCCAGAGAACAGUCCCUUGACAGUCACUCCAAGGAGACUGCAAAGGCCCCUGGGUCUAGGAUAGGGACCAAAGAGGACCCUGAGGAGGCAGGCAGGGCAGCCGGCCAACCCCCUGUAGGGCUCUCCUAAAAACAGAGUCUGCCCAUGUGGGGUCCAGGCCCUUCUGGGCCCCCAUUCCUCAGGACUGCACGGAGGACUGGCUCAGUCAGGCCCACCCAUAACCACUAUUCUUGGCGCUGUAGACCCUGGACUUUGCACACAGCCCCAGGCUCCACACAGAAAUGUGAACUUGGCCUCAGCCAGGGUAGCCCUUCCUAGGCUCUGAGGGCUGGAGGUGGGGGGGAGGGAGACAGACAGGAGGAGCCAAGGGGUCCUAUAUCCCUGAGUGCAGGGGGAGUCCCUCCUCUUGCCUGUUUACUCAAAUGACUAUGGAAGCCACCCCAACCCCGCACCACCACCGGGCAGUGAGACAAAGCUCCCUCGAGAACAGUCAUCGUUAGGCCCCCUCUGGUGCCGACCAUCUCAGUGCCCUGGUGGAGGAGAUGGGUGCUCUUGGAGUUCCGUGCUUCCUGAUCCAAUGGUGCCAAACCCUCAUCUCCCCUCAGAAGCAUAGUGUGACCCCCAGGGAUCCCUCGGUCACUGCCCCCUCCAGGAGUGUUCUCUUUCUGGGGUGCCUCCCACCCCAGCUCCAACUCCUGCCCCACAUAGGACUAGCUUGGCUGAGGGGGAAGGGGGUAGGAGAGUAGAUGCAAGACAUGGGGGAGGGGAGGCAGACUGGCAAAGUCAAGGCUUCUGGGGCCAAGAAGGAUAGUACGUGUGUGCGAAUGUGCGCGAGAGUGUGUGUGCGUGUGUGCGUGUGCGUACAUGUCUUCCCUAGGACAACCAUACCCUGUGUAUGUAUGCAUGUUUUUGUAAAAAAGAGAAAAAAAUGGAAAAAAAUCUGAACAAUAAAUGUUUUAUUUGCUUUAAA